AUGUCGAUCAAUUGGUUUCGCACCCUGUCUCGGGGUCCAUUCUUUGAAUCCCUCCGCCAAUCUCACAGAGACUAUCCAGUUAACGCUGGAUUUCUACGCUCCUCCUCGUUCAACUUCGUCAAUCCACGCCACAAUGUCAUAACCACCACAGAUUGUGUGACACAAAGACUCCUAGAAUCAGACAUCGCAAGACUAAGCGACGAGGAAGUAUUGUCGUUGUUCACCACCGGUUUCUUUGGCGGAUAUGUCUUUGCUUGCGAAAGGUUAAUCCUCAGAGCUGGGGGAUGGAAAUUGCUCUCGGCACAGUUUUCAAAUUUUGAAGAUGCCCCGGCGGCAAUGGCCAUCUGGAACUACACUAAGAUCCCAAGCACCAACCUCUUACCACUUGGCAGCCGCUUCUUUGGCUCCUUCAAGCUGAUAGACAUGCAUAUAUCUAAAGCUUCAGGAAUGGAGCCUAGCUACGUCGACUAUGGAUUUGGCUCGGAUCGGUCUAGAUUCGCAGGAUGUCACCGAGUCCAGGUCACUCGGUCACCGCAGCCUGAGAUCAGCUUGCAGCAGUUUAUAUGUAAUCCGACCAAGGACACCCCGUCAUUUCAACUCUUUCCAUCGCCGUCAAGAACCAAGGCUUCCACGAACCCCUUUCGCCUGGAGAACCAAAGAGACACGGGCACACAACCUAGGGGUUCAAUCCCUCUGAAUGAUCUCAAUGGCAAAGAUAUCAAGACAGAGGCGCUGCUUUUCCAAAUCGUUGACGACGCGAAUAGCAUGAAGGCCGCGAAGAAAGCGAAACCCCCUCGGUCGACGCCUGUAUCCAUACCAGAGACUGUACAGGAACUGAGGACGCCUGAGUCGCUUUUUAGCAAGAGCCCAAAAGAUAACACAAAAAGUCAAUGGGGUUCGCCGGCGAGUAAUGUCAGUCAGGCGUCCCCGACGGGGAGCAGAAACAACCAUGUAGCUUCCCCACUGGCUCAGGGAGCUUCUGGGGCCUACAGCUCACCUGUCAUUCCUAUGAGGUCCAUAUUCCCUCAGUAUAAUCCCAAUGUGCCUCUCAGCCAGCAACAAUACUAUCCCCAACUCUCCACCAAUACGCGAACACAUAGGCCCAAGGAGCUCCCCUUCACACCACCGCCAGAGAUUGACCGUGCUCUUGGGCCAAAGACCGUCCCCGCAAGCGUGAUGAACUUUCCAGCAGGUGUUCUCGAUCAAGUCGAGAUACAAUACUCGUCCACUACCGAGCUUAGGAGUCUUUGGGAAGCAGCCAAUGGCCAGCGUCCGCAAGACCUAGCCGGAAACUUCAAUUUGCGUGUGGCACGGACGGAAGCUGAAACAUACACGUUUGGCGACCCCCAUGCGCCAUUCUAUAAGAUGCAGACAUAUUCGACCAACGAACUAUCCAUCACCAGGACCAAUCCAUCCAAGCCAAAUAGUAGCAUUCCUAUCAUGAUGCUAAAACUUGAAGACCGCCGGCGCGAACCCCCAAAUGACGGACUUGUGUCCAUCCUCUUCUCCCGUCUGGCUGCAAUGCUGGCCAUUGACGAAGCGGAAGUACUAGCUAGAAAGCGCCAUCUGGGUCCCUUAGAAGCUGCAGAAGCAGAAGGGAAAGCUUUGAAGCGAGCUGCAGCACAAGAAUCUUGCAGGUUAUCGUGGAACAAUGCCAAGCAACUGUAUGAGCUGCAUCAUCCAUCGCUUACCAAACUCCCACCUCCAGCCCUUGUCGGUGCGGCAGGUAUCCCAUUAUCUCCCGUGAGGUCAAUGUAUUCCGGACUCCUUCACAUCUCUGUUUCGACGCCGUCGAAAGAAUCAGAUUCUAGACAACCUCCAACAAUUCUUGUGACUACUCCAAUGUCGGCCAAUGCGGUUGAAGGCGCCAACAUGGCCGCCACGCCUCGGACGUCGACCCUCCCUUUGACCGAUGCUGACGAACCCCUAGCAUCACUGGAUCUGUGCACGCUGACCCUCUCUAUUUCCGCGGCUGCCAUUAUCGCCACAGUCCCAUCGUUGUAUGCAAUAGACUCCCUUGUCACGGCAAUGCUGGCCGUUGCCGUCUCGGACGAGUCCACAAACACCGUCCUCACAGACAUGGAGCUCUACGACCCAACCAAGGAAGCACUAUCCAAACGAUCAUCCGCAGAUAGCAACAUAAAAAGCCACGCCGAGCACGAGGACGCCAAGGAAGGCAUGCAACUGAUGUCCAAGAUCCGAUCCGCAAGAUCGCAAUGCGCCGACUCCACCCAGAGAAAAUGGUUCCAUUUCUGGGGCCCACCGAAGCCCGCAAAGCCCAAGACCAAGAAAAUCAUGGUCGAGGAAUUCGACCUAGAGAAGUAUGGACGCUACGGCGACGGCUCCUCGCGGGCGGGACAGAAGCUCCCGGGCUUGACGCGGGGAUGCUUACGCAUGCUCUUCUGGGGGCUGGAUCUUCUUGUGCGCGUACUAACCAUGCUGGUAAAGAUAAUCGCCUGGUUGCUGGUCAAUACCACCCGGUGUGCCACCAGCGUGAAAGCUUAA